GGGGGGAACUCUUCGCAUCACGUGGCGAAGUCACUCUGCCCAUGCGUGGCGGGGCAGGGCCGGGGCGCUCCGCGUGCUCCCCGCGUCCGGCGCUUCCUGGUCGACGCCCCCGCGUGCCCCCCGAGCGCGGCCGUGCAGCUGUUCAACGUCGAGGCGGAGGUGGGCGUGGUGAUGGGCUCGGACCUGCCCGCCCGCGGCGACGGGGAGCCGCACAGCCAGGACGACGUCUGGGGCGCAGUGGAGGCGAUCGUCCCCUGCAUCGAGGCGUGCGGCCGGCGCAUGACCGAGGCCAUCCGCAAGGGCGCGCCCGGCCUGGCGCCGCUGGCCGACUGCAUGGCCGCUGGGGGCGCGGUGAUCGGGGAGCGGCUGCCCAGGGGGACGGCCGCCGCAGACGG